UAUUGGUUUACAGAGGCUGGUGAUUGAAUUUACGGUCGUACAUUGAGGACAAGACUGAAUCUCUCAUCGUGUUUGCUUGGUUUUCACUGUGGUUGCUUCAUGUACCACUUUUAAAAAAUGAUUUUGCACAAAGGGAGAAUAGUGUGACACAGACAAAGAGCAAGACAGAGGCUGAAAGAGUGUAAAGUGAGAGACAGAGCGAGACAGAGACCACGAUGGGGUGAAUGAGCCGUUUGUUUGUCCUCUGUGGCCUUGACUCGUGCUUGGUGCCUGGCAUCAGGAGUAAUUUCCUCUCAUAACGGACACUGCCAUCCGUGCAUUAGCAUUUUCGCUGCAGCAGGGGCAACAGUUGGUGCGUGAGUUUGCGUCUGAUUAUGCAGGGAAUGGGGAAGACAGAGAGAGGGGAGCAGGGCCGAGACAUUGACCUGACAUCGCUGAGAUCCACCAUGCCAGCCAGCGGCCCCCUGCAGGGAAGUUCAGCCUCAAACCUGAACAUGAACCUGUACGCCACCAAGAAGACAGCAGCCGAGGGCAUGUUGGACAUCGCUCUGUUCCUGGCAAACAUCACUCACAUGAAGACUGUCAUCGAACAGGGAGCUGGAUACAGGUACUACGCUGCUGUGCUGACGCUCAUCUCCUUCUCCCUGGGUCUGCAGAUAGUGGCUGGAGUCUUGAUCAUAAUCAUUGCCCGCAGGGACCUGAACGUGGUGUCCAAUCAGAAACGACUCGACUACCUGAACAACCUUGCUACGGGCGUCAUCUUUGUCGUCACGGUGGUUAACUUCUUCGUCAGCUUCUUCGGAUCGAAGAGGACCGGCUUCUUCCGCUGGCUGCUGGCUCGACUCCACUUCUGACACACACAAACACACACAUUCACACAAUUCUUGUGCUUGAAAUAGUUUGUGCACUUGCAAUUUAUAAAGAAAGUUGAAAAAAAACAAAACAUUAAAUUGUAUAUAUGUUAUUCAUUCAUUCAAUGAAAGGUGUUGAGCAUUUGAAUCAUGCUUUCAUGCUGUAAUCCUACUAAAAUUCACUUUAACCAACUGAACAUCUAUUUACAGUGAUUGUACAUUUGCCCAGUUGUGUGUGUUAUACUGUAGUUGCAUAUCUAUCUUUGCCAAAUGUGAGAUGGACACAUAGUAAAUGUGUGUUUGAGAUAUAGAGAGUGUGUGUGUGUGUCUCUUUGUGUGGUGUUACUCAUGUUGUGGGGACCUGAACACAGUCACGCUGGUUAAUAUUGAGCUACUGCCCUCUGAAGUCACAGAGACACCACUGUCUGUGUGUGUGUGUGUGUGUGUGUGUGUGUGUCACAGGACGCCGGGACCUGAAUAACUCUGGUCUGCAGAUGCGCCUGGACUAUCUGAACAACGUAAAGACCAUUAUAGUCUUCAUCACCACUGGCCUCAACUUCUUCAUCAGCACGUUUGGCAUGCAGCGCACAGGAUACUUCC